AUGUACCUUUUGACUUUCAAACUCCUUCUUCUCCAGCUUCCCCUCCUCUUCAGGUCCUUGGCUGGCAAUAGCUGCUUCUCUACUAUGAAGCGCCGAGCACACAUCGAUGGAGAUGUGACCAUCACUGGGGUUUUCCCUCUGAACACUUUUGGAAUAGGCUACAGUAACAGCCAUGUUUCCAGCCAAGAAGAGCACACACCCUUUGUGUUCAAGAACUAUCAGUUUGUGUUGGCUUUGGCUUUUGCUAUUGAGGAGAUCAACAAAAACCCUGAUUUUUUAAGUAACUGGACUCUGGGAUUUGAUGUCUAUGAUGUUCAAGUCAGAACUUGGACAAUGUUUAAGAAUCCCUUCAUUUGGUUCUUUGGGAAGUACAAGAUUCCAAACUACUCCUGUAUGAGAGACAGAAGGUCUAUAGCAGUACUUACAGGACCAUUAGGAUUCAUAUCUGACAAAAUUGGAACAUUGCUGGGACUCUACAGAUUUCCACAGCUUACCUUUGGGCCUUUUUCUCAUGCCCUGAGUGACCAUCACAAGUUUCCUGCUCUCUAUCAGAUGGCCCCAAAGGACACAUCGAUAGCGACAGCCAUGGUCUCUAUACUGCUUCACUUCAGCUGGAACUGGGUGGGACUAUUGAACUUAGAGGAUGAGAAUGGAUUGUGGUCUCUUGCUGAACUGAAAGAAGAGAUGGCCAAGAACAGAGUUUGUGUAGCUUAUGAGCUAGUGAUCUCAAGCCAAUCAGUAUCACAUGUACUCCAAUCCAUGGCAGUUUAUAAUGAUAUAAAUAAAUCUUCAGCAAAUGUCCACAUCAUACAUGGUGAUAAUGGUUCACUAAUACCUUUAAACGUGUUCAUUGAGCAACUUUUAAUAAAAGGCAAAGUUUGUAUCAUGAACUCAGAGUGGGAUUUCACCACGAAAAGGAAAUAUUUCAUGGUAGGCUCAUUGCAUAUACCUCUCAUUUUUUUACACCAUCAUGAAGAUAUUUCUGGAUUCACAGAUUUUGUCAAGGCAGUUAAUCCUUCCAAAUACCCAGAAGACAUUUUUCUUGCUAGGAUAUGGUUUCUGUCUUUUAAUUGCUCAAAUCCUCAGUCUGACUGUGUAACAUGGGACAACUGUCCUCAUGAUGCCUCUUUGGAUUGGUUGCCUGGGCGUGUUUUAGACAUGACUAUGUCUGGACACAGUUACAAUAUAUACAAUGCUGUGUAUGCUGUGGCCAAGGCUCUCCAUGAGAUGCUUCUUCAUCAGACAGAAGUUCAAAUAAUGGGAAAUAGAAAAGGGACACUGCCUUCCCCUGCACAGUUGCUCCAUUUUCUGAAGAACAUCCAAUUUCACAAUUCUGUUGGACAUCAAGUGUUUUUGGAUGAGAAAAGGAAAUUGGAGCCAGACUAUGACAUUCUGAACAUUUGGAAUUUUCCAGAAGGUCUUGAACUUGAGGUGAGAGUAGGAAAGUUUUCUCCCAAUGCUCUACAUGGUAAUCAACUGUUUUUAUCUGAAGAUAUGGUAGAGUGGGCCAUUGGAAAUACAGAGACUCCUCGCUCUGUCUGCAGUGAGCCUUGUGGUACUGGAUUUAGGAAAUCUCCUCAGGAAGGAAAGGCUGCCUGUUGCUUUAAUUGCACCCCUUGCCCACAGAAUGAGAUUGCUAAUAUGACAGAGAUGGAGCACUGUGUGAAAUGUGCAGAUCAUCAGUAUGCCAACACACAGAGAAAUCAGUGCCUCCUGAGAGAUGAAAGUUUCCUGGCUUUUGGAGAUCCUUUGGGCAUGGCCCUGGCCUGCAUGGGUAUUUGCUUCUCUAUGCUAACUGCUGCUGUUCUUGGGAUGUUUGUGAAACACCAUGACACUGCCAUUGUCAAGGCCAAUAACAGGGCUCUCAGCUACAUCCUACUCAUCUCCCUCAUCUUCUGUUUCCUCUGUUCCUUGCUCUUCAUUGGCUGUCCCAACACAGUCACCUGCAUCCUGCAGCAGAUCACAUUUGGACUUGUCUUCACUGUGGCUGUUUCCACAGUGUUGGCAAAAACAGUGAUUGUGGUCCUGGCCUUCAAGUCCAUUUCUCCAGGGAGAAGAAUGAGGGGGUUGUUGGUUUCAGGGGCUCCUAACCUCAUCAUCCCCAUCUGUACUCUCAUCCAGGUGACUCUCUGUGGAUUCUGGCUGGGAACCUCUCCUCCCUUUGUGGAUACAGAUGCACACUCUGAACAUGGCCACAUCAUCAUCCUGUGCAACAAGGGUUCCCUCACUGCCUUCUAUUGUGUCCUGGGAUACCUGGGCUCCCUGGCCCUGGCCAGCUUCACUGUAGCUUUUCUGGCCAGGAACCUGCCUGACACCUUCAACGAAGCUAAAUUCCUGACCUUCAGCAUGCUGGUGUUCUGCAGUGUGUGGCUCACCUUCCUCCCUGUCUAUCAUAGUGCCAAGGGGAAGGUCAUGGUGGCUGUGGAGGUCUUCUCCAUCUUGGCCUCUGGUGCAGGGCUCCUAGGCUGCAUUUUUGUCCCCAAAUGUUACAAUAUAGUGUUAAUGCCCAACAGAAAUUCUCUGCAUGGCUUUAGGGAAAAACAUCAACAUAGUAGGAAAAAUUAG